GUUGAUGUGCUGCCCCUCAGGAGGAGCACCUACAACCACCUGAGCAGCUGGCUUACCGACGCCCGGAACCUGACCAACCCAAACACGGUCAUCAUCCUGAUCGGGAACAAGGCGGACCUGGAGGCCCAGAGAGACGUGACGUACGAGGAGGCCAAACAGUUCGCCGAGGAGAACGGUCUGCUGUUCCUAGAAGCCAGCGCUAAAACGGGGGAGAACGUGGAGGAGGCCUUCCUGGAGGCGGCCAAGAAGAUCUACCAGAACAUCCAGGACGGCAGUCUGGACCUGAACGCCGCCGAGUCCGGGGUCCAGCACAAACCGUCGGCGCAGCCGGGCCGGGUCAACACCGACACCCAGCCUCCUAAGGAGGGCUGCAGCUGCUAGCCUCAGAACCGGCAGGCGGACCGGGACCGGCACCACCGCAGUCCACAGCCUGUUCUCCAGUCGGACCGGGACCCCAAUCAAUCACCCAAUCAGACUGUUUACGGUCCGGCCCGGUUCGGUCCCAUCCUCAUCCAGACCAGAACCAGUUCAGCUGGCAGGUCCGGACCCAGUGAGAACAGAGAGCAGCGCUCCAGAACCACAGAGUCCAACGUUCAGCAGAACAUCCGGAUCUGAAAGGCAGAACCGGCUUUAAUGUGGACCUAGAACCUCUGAUCCGGGUCACAAACAAGAUCAAGCCCAAAUCCUCCCAACCUGAGUCCUUUUGGACCGGAACCAGCCCCGCAUCUCUCACUCUGGGACCGCCCUGUUGGGUCGAGUCAAUCAGAAUCCCCAUAAAAACCAAGAACCAAAUAAAAAACCAUAGAACCGUCCAGGACCCGACCCAAAACUAGUUUCUUUCAUCGUAGUUCUGAGGAUUCUGGGAAACCGUCCCUCAGUCAGAACUGUUGGUCCAAAGCGGCAGGUUUUGGACCACUCCAGAACCUAGUCCGUGAACUCUAAACACAGAUUCUAGCAGAACCGGGCCAGGAUAUCACAGCGGGCAAACGGGUUGCAGCUUUCUGUACCUUGGUUUUGGACCUGCCGGUACCGAUGUAGAGCAGGAAGAACCUGAGGGCAGCCGGCGCUGCAGGAAACCGGAAAGGUUCUGCUUUUAUUGGACUUUUACAGAACCUAAAAAAUAAAUUCACGUUCUUCCUGUCAGAUUCUGGUUUAUAUCCAUCAAUCAGAACCAGUCCAAAUUCCCUCUGAGGUGGAACCGGUUCUCUGCCCUGUUGGACCCUCCGGGUCAUGGACCUUUGGUUCUGCCAGAACCAGAAACCUCUACGACCCAAAGUUCUACAGCUGGUGGGUUUCCAUCAGAACCGAGACCGGAGAACGUUUAGCCUCAGUGGAUCCGGUUCUAAAUCAGCGGCAUGGUUCUGAACCUGCAGACGGUUCUGCAGAGUCAGGCUGGUAUACCAACAGAACCGGGCCUUUAUGGGCUGAUAGAUGAGAAGGAGAACCUGUUCCGACCCGGUUCCCUUCGUUCUGGUGUAGUUCAGACCAAAUUCUAACAGUUUGAGGUGAAGGUCCGUUCUGCUGACACGCAUCAGAACCAACCUGGGUCCAUUUAACCGCCUCUGCUGAGUCAUUCUUGGCUCCACCUAGUGGCCGGUGUGAGGAGUGCAGCAGAACCAAGCAGAAUCCUUCUUUUUGGGUCGGGUUUCUGGUUCUCCUGUGAGGCUUUUUAGCUUAAAGGUUCUGGCGGUUUAACGGAUCUUUGAGGUGAAACCAGACAUUUUAGAAGUGGUUCUGGUGCUUUAGACGGUUGAUGAGGUUCUGUUCAUCCCAUCCCGGUUCUCCCAGACUGAUCAGUGCGGCGCCGGUCCAGGUUCUCAAACUAAUAACAUUUGCUUUGUUCAUUUAUUCCCCUAAAAAACAUAAAAUCUGAGUCGGUUUCUCCUAAAAUUCUCCAAACUGAACCGUUGGGUCCAACCUUCCUGUGAGCCGGCUGUCCUGGUUCUGGUCUCCGUCCCUCUGAGGUCCGUUUGUACAUAUCCAGAGUGAACUCUGCUGAUUGGUGGACGCUCAGUCCCUUCUAAUUGUUUUUAUAAGCGCAGCAUCAUCAUCCCCCUCCUCUUCCUCAGCAGAACAGUCCUAGAACCACGUGAUCGUCGUCUACACUCAGAUCUCCAUCUUCACCUUCUUCACCUCCUGAUCGGCACUUUAGUUUUAGAAGUUUUCUGAAAGUUUCAGGACCAAAGAGUGGAAGACGGCAGCAUUAAGUGUCUGGAUUCUUUCUGUUGGUUCCGUCGCCUUAAAGCUUCGCUCACCAAAGGAAAACAGGAAGCAUGUGAUUUAAAGACGUUACUACACUAACUACUAGCUGCCAGCAGGGGGCAGUGCGCUGGACCUCGAUGACCGAGCCUCUAGAUCCAGACGUAUCUGCGCUCGCCGGCUAAAUCGUUAUCUGCACAUUUUCUUCUUCUUCUGUUUUUAUUUGAUUCCCUGUCUGCUAACACCUCCGACGAGCUUCUCAUGAUUCUUUAUUUAUGUCCAAAAACGUUUUGAUUUUCCUGCCAUCAUUAAACCACCGGGACUCAGUUAUUAUUUGUAAAUAAAGU